AUUAACCUUAGUAAUGUCGUUCAGUUUGUUUUAAAUGUAAAUAAAUUUAAAAAUCGGUUGUUUCAUGUUUGGCCCAGUGAAAAUGUGUUGAAAUGUCGAACUGGAAAGUGGUUAACGAUACGUGUAGUUUUGGCAUAGCCAUAUACAAUUUCAACGAAACUGAUGAAAAUAAAUUAAAAUUAACGGUGGGAGAUGUCGUUUGCGUGCUCGCAGAAGAAACCGAUUGGUUCUUCGGUUACGUGGCCACCGAUCGGAACGUUAAGGGUAUUUUUCCCAAAAGCUACGUACACUUGAGGCUAUGCGAAUCCGCAGAGGGAUACUACAGUUCCGUUUUUAAUGAUCCCCCAAUCAGCAAAGAGAUUUCCAUGGUGCUUAGAGAAUGGGGUGUGCAUUGGAAAAGCCUAUAUGUGAUGAGGAGCAAAGAUUUUGAGCAAAUCAGAAACCAAAUAUGCGACCUCUUGGCGCUGAAAAGUAAGAUACUUAGUGGAACGCUGCCGGUUGAUGAACUGAAAAAGGUUACAAUCCAGGCGGCUGAAGAGAUCGACAUAGGCAAUAAAAUAUUAGGUUUAGAUCUAGUGGUAAGGAACAAAGAUGGGAAACUGAUCAGGUCCGAUCAAACGAGUACGAUCCAGUUGUUUUCGUAUCACAAAGCAACAACGGAACGGAUUAACAAUCGGUCCAAAGCUGUCGAAGCUGAUAGUCAACCAAAAUCGGCCGUUCAACAGUUUUCCAAUAUCUUUCUUGUAGUCGUUAGAAAUUUCACAUGUAAAAUGUCCGAAGACGCAGAGCUUAUAAUGUUAUUGUAUGAUGCCAAAGAAUACAAACCCAUCACGGAAAAUUAUGUAGUCAGGUGGACCAAAGAAGGACUGAUGUGCGAUCUGGAUCAGAUGUACAAUUUAAGGGUUAUGUUUACGGAUUUGGGCAAAAAGGACCUUGAUCGUGAGAGGGUCUUUCUCGUCUGUUAUGUCGUGAGGAUCGGUUCGAUGGAGACAAAAGAAGUUGACCACAGACGGAGCUCGGUCAGCCUGUCCGGUAGGAAGUCUGGUUUCGAGAACAUGCGCAGACCUUGCGGCGUUGCCGCCAUGGACAUUACCGUCUAUUUCAGUGGCAGAUUAGACACGGAAUUGGAAGAUGAGUUUUCCAUACCGUUUGUCAAUUGCGAGAGAGACAACCUCGAACAAACUUUGCGGAAAAUUAUGGGCAAAGAAAAAGCGGAGAACAAGAACCAGGCGCUUUUCGUCAGCAUGAAACUCUUGCGCGGCGACCUGAAGCAAGUCCGGGAGGAAAACCCCCACUUGGUGCUGGGCAACGUGUCCAGGGCCAGGAAGAUGGGGUUCCCGGAGGUGAUAUUGCCCGGCGACGUCAGGAACGAUUUGUACCUGACGUUGCUCGGCGGCGAGUUCGCCAAGGGGAACAAAUCCAGCGAGAAAAACGUAGAAGUGACGAUGAAGGUGUUCAAUGGCAGCGGUCAGCAUAUUCCGGGGGUCGUGAGCUUAGGCAGCGGCGUGCCGGAACUGAACGAGUACCGAUCGGUGAUCUAUUAUCACGAGGACAGGCCGCAGUGGCACGAAACGUUCAAGAUAUCGUUGAGGAUCGAGGAGUUCAAGACCAGUCACUUAAGGUUCACUUUCAAGCAUCGUUCAUCGAACGAGGCGAAGGACAGAAACGAAAAGCCGUUCGCGAUGAGCUACGUCAGACUGAUGCAGGGUAACGGCGUGACGUUGUCGGACGCGCGCCACUGCCUUAUCGUCUACAAGAUCGACUACAAGAAAUUCGACGAGGAUAGUUUGGAGUACUUGAAGAUGCCGUGUUUCGCGAGGGACGCGAAAGAGGUAGCGAAAGUGCCGUCCAACGGUCUUACGGCCAGUCCGAAGGACACUUUUUGCAUAUCGUCCAAUAUAUGUUCCACGAAGCUGACGCAAAACGAGCAUUUGCUCGGUCUACUGAACUGGACGUCGCACAAGGACACGAUAUCGGAAUCGUUGCGCGCCUUCGUGGACGUCGUCGGCGAGGAAGUGGUGAAAUUCCUACCCGACAUUCUGGACGCGCUCUUCAACAUCCUGAUGUACGAUCCAGACGGGACCGCCUACGACGUCCUGGUGUUCGAGUGCCUCCUACGCAUCAUCGGCCUCGUCACCAACGACUGGAAGUACCUGCACUUCGAGCCGGUCUUGGAUUUGUACAUCAAGGAGAGUUUCAGCGCCACUCUGGCCUAUCGUAAACUCGUGUCAAUCUUGAAGGCCAUCGUCGGACGUUCCAACGGCACCCCGCCCAACCUGAUAUUUCGCACGAUGAAGGCGCUGCACUACGUCAUGAAGUUCACUUCGAGGUCGAGGACGCUCUUCAUGGAACUCUACCCGGAGUCGAGCGACGCAGACGAUUUCGUCGACAAUCUGCGCCACUUGUUUCGUGACGUCAUCCGCAUGAUGGCGUACCGCGACGAUGACUACCUACGAGAGCAGGGGGCGUGUCUCAAGUACCUGCCCAGCACCAUCCCCGAUAUUUUGCUGAUUUUGGAUCAGCGAGAGUUAAGCGAAACGUUUCGAGACUUGUUGAACAGCAUUCAUCCCGGCCGACUGACCAAGCAGAAGAUGAUGACGCUAAACGAGAUCAUCCACAGUAAGCUGUUCGUUUACCCGGAGUGCCGGAGGAUUUUGCUGCCCGUCGUCACCGGCCAGGUGAAGAAUCUCCUGGAGAUCGAGGACGAGGGUGUGUCUGUACUACAAGACGGGCGCAGACAGAACCGUUCGGUGGCGAAGGUCGCCCAGCUGCUCGGAACCACUCAGCACUGCGUCAAUCAGCACGUGGGAUACUCGGAAGAGGUGGAGCUGUGCGUCAAGAUCCUCAGCGACUUGAUGGAGCUGCUGUUCCGUCGCGACGUCGGCCCCACCUUCGACGACGUCGCCGAAGUGAUCGACGCGAACCUACGCACCGUGGUCCAGAGCCACAUCAAGAUGGAACGCGACAACCCUCACGCGGCGCUUCUGGUCGCGGUGAUGCUCGACAUUUUCCGCCAGAUGACGCCCGAGCACUACAACGACUACGUCCAACGUUUCCAGACCAAUUUCGACCUGCUCGACUUCCUCAUGGAGAUCCUGGUCGUGUUCAAGGAGCUGGUCAGCGAUUCGGUGUUUCCAGGCGACUGGCACGACAUGCUCAUGCUUCAAAACAGCGUCAUCCUCAAGUCGUUGCGCUUGUUCUCGCACACGAUACGCGACUAUUUCUUCGAAAGGUUCGAGCACGACGCAUGGAACAACUUCUUCCACUGCGCUAUCGCGUUCAUGACCCAGGACGUGCUCCAGUUGGAGAACUUCUCGUUCAGCAAGCGGAUGAAGGUGGUGAACCGGUACGAGGAUAUGCGCAGGGAGAUGGGGUUCGAGGUGAGGGCGAUGUGGUUCAACCUCGGCCAGAACAAGAUCCAGUUCGUGCCGUCGAUAGUCGGGCUGAUGCUCGAGAUGACGCUGAUACCGGAACGGGAGCUGCGCAGGGCGACGAUGCCGAUCUUCUUCGACAUGAUGCAGUGCGAGUUCUACUCGUCCCGUUUACGGUACGAGAGUUACGGCGAUACGAAACGCGACUCGUCCCACAUCAAGGCGAACUUUAACGAGUUCGAAAACGAGAUGAUCGUGAAACUGGACGCGUUGUUCGAGGGCGGCAAAGGAGAUAUCCAGUACAAGUCGUCGUUCGACACCGUCAUGACGGAUUUGUGCGGCCAGCACACCGCCAUGCGGGACCAGGGCGUCAGGUUCGUGAAAACCGUCUGCAGACUGAUGGAGAACCUGCUGGAAUACAGGGACAUCAUUUACUCGGACAACAAGGAGAACAUCAUGAGCUGCAUCGUCAAUUUGUUGGACUUUUACUCCGAAAUCAACAAGAAAGAAAUGUACAUCCGCUACCUGAACAAACUGUUCGACUUGCACCUGGAGUGCGACAACUACACGGAGGCGGCGUUCACGCUGGAGCUCCACGCGAAGCUGCUCAAGUGGUCGGACGAGCAGCUGCCGCCGUUGCUCAAGAGCGACAAAUACCCAACCUCAAAUACGCACCGUCAACUCAAGGAGUCUUUGUAUUACACUAUCAUCGACAAUUACGACAGGGGCAAGAUGUGGGAGUACGCGAUCGACAGGUGCAAAGAGCUCGCCGAGCAGUACGAGCGAGAGACGUUCGAGUACGAUCGGCUCGGCGAGCUUCACUCUCGACUCGCCGCCUUCUACGACAACGUGAUGAGACAGGCGCGGCCAGAACCCGAAUAUUUUCGCGUCGGUUACUACGGACGCGGGUUCCCGCCCCUCCUCCAGAACAAGGUGUUCGUCUACAGGGGCAAAGAGUACGAAAGACUGGCCGACUUUAACACGCGAGUCGCGAACGAGUUCCCCAAGGCGACGCUACUGAACAAACUCGAGCCUCCGGGUGACGAAGUGCUCCAAUCGGACGCACAAUACCUACAAAUCAACAAGGUCGACCCCGUAAUGGACGAUAUCCGGAGGCGGUUCGCCGGCAAACCGGUCUGCGACCAAAUCAUGAAGUUCUACCGUGUGAACAACAUCAAAAAGUUCACGUUUUCGCGGCCUUUCGUGCGUAAGGACGUGGCCAUCGCGUCCGACAACGAGUUCGCUCACCUGUGGCUCGAAAGGACCGACCUGGUGACUACUUACCCUUUGCCGGGCAUCCUCAGAUGGUUCCCGGUCGAGACGGUAGAAGUCAGCGAGAUAUCCCCGUUGAGGAACGCCAUAGAGACCAUCGAGCGCACCAACAGGUCGCUGAAGAACCAGAUCGACCGGUACCGUCGAGAUUCCACCAUACAGAUCAACCCUUUAAGUUUGACCUUGACCGGUAUCUUGGACGCCGCUGUCAUGGGCGGGAUCCGAAACUACGAGGAGGUUUUCUUUAAUCCGGAUUACCUCGUUCACCACGUCGAAGACGAGAAUUUGGUCGGCCGUCUCAAGGAACUCGUGGUCGAUCAGUUGCCUCUGCUAGACGCGUGUGUCCAGAUCCACCGGAAGAUGGCGCCCGUCGACUUGCAACCCCUCCAAAAACGAUUGGAGGAAUGUUUCGCCCUCUUGAAGGCCGACAUCGAGCAGAAGUACAAAAAGAAGGCGGGGAACGGCGAGUAGUUCAAACGCCCAGGACAAGUGCCAAUAAUUUCGCCUGAUUUUUAUUUUUUAUUUUUUUUUUUUUUUGUUAAAACGUAUCAGUUAUAUUUUGUAAUAAACUGACGAUCGAAGAAA